UGCAGCAUACGGGGAGAGACCAGUGAAGGAUCAGACUCGGACACUUUCUGCAGCAGCAGGGCCUUGAUGGACAGGGCGGUGAUUGUGCUGCUGACUGUAUGCUGCCUGCUGCAGGGGCCUCUAGCGACCACAGGGAGGCAGCCCGGCACCAAGCAACACUUCUUCUAUGCUGUGGAGAUGGACGGAGGCACCAGAGCUGCACGAGCCCUGGCCGAGCAGCACGGACUACAGUUCAUAUCACGGAUAGGCAACCUGGAGGGCCACUUCACCCUGAGAGACAGCAGGGGGCGCCCUGAGAGAGCUGCCCUGGUGAACACCCUGGCAGAAAGAACAGGGGUGAGGUGGGUCCAGAGACAACAGACUCACUACAGAGACAAGAGAGCUGUUAUCAGAGGACUGGACCCACACCACAGUUUGCAGGAGCAGCAGAGUGAGUUACCCAGCCGUCGACAGGACUCUUUGAAGACUGGAGACCAACUGAGUCCUUCCCUGACCUUCAACGACCCUCUCUGGCCCAUGCAGUGGGAACUGUUCAACCAUGGCCAAUACAGUUCCAGUCACUUUGACCUGAACGUGAUGCCAGUGUGGAGCAGGAACAUCACAGGGAAUGGAGUGGUGGUCAGCAUCAUCGACGACGGUGUGGAUCAUACAAACACGGAUCUGAAGAGAAACUUUGAGGCCUUGGCCAGUUUUGACCUGCGUGGCUCCCACGGCCUUUCCCAUGACCCCAUGCCACUCAGAGACGAGGAGAACGGUCAUGGCACCCGAUGUGCAGGGGAAGUGGCCAUGGAGGCCAACAACUCUUACUGUGGCGUGGGCAUCGCUUUCAACGCCAGGAUCGGUGGUAUCCGUCUGCUGGACGGCACGGUGACAGACUCCAUGGAGGCCACGUCUCUGACCUUCAACAACGACUUCAUCGAUGUGUACGUGUGCUGCUGGGGCCCGCGGGACGACGGACAGGAGAUGGCCGGGCCGGGGACACUCACACAGAAAGCACUGAGGCUGGGCACGCAGAAGGGGCGAGGUGGAAAAGGAAGUAUAUUUGUGUGGGCGUCUGGUAAUGGUGGGUUGGUGAACGACCACUGUGGAGCAGACGGCUAUGUCAACAGUGUCUACAGCAUUGCCAUCGGUGCGGUCACUCACAUGGGCAAGCCCGCCUUUUUCGGUGAGCCCUGCCCUGCUGUCAUGGCUGUCACUCUAACUGGAGCCAGUUUGGAAAACACACUACCCCUAGUGACAGUGUCCAAUCUAGGGGACGGUUGUGUCACCCACUUUGCGGGGACAUCCAGUGCUGCACCCAUCGCGGCCGGGAUUCUGGCUCUUGUCCUGGAGGCCAAUCCUGACUUGACAUGGAGGGAUGUGCAGCAUCUGAUCGCCAUGACGGCCAAGGUCCCCGACCCCAAAGAGCCAGGAUGGAGUGUCAACGGAGCAGGGUACCACGUCCACGAUAGGUAUGGGUUUGGGGUUCUGGAUGCAGGGCUGAUGGUGCAGCAGGCCUUACAGUUCCAGGCUGUCGCCCCUCACAGGAAGUGCACACAGGAAGUCACUCUUGACCCCAUCAGGAUCCUGCCCUCUGGAGGAGAGGUCAGUGUGAACAUCCAAUCAGCAGGCUGCUUGGGGACGGACACUGAGGUCAACACACUGGAGCAUGUGCAGGUAAAGGUGAGUCUCAGCAGUGUGUGUCGUGGUGACCUCUCCAUAGCCCUAGCGUCCCCGGCGGGCACAGUGUCUCUGCUCCUGGCCACGCGGAGCAACGAUGACUCGGCCGCCGGCCUGAGGAACUGGACCCUGAUGAGCGUCCAGUCCUGGGGGGAACACCCUCACGGCGUCUGGACACUCAAGGUGACAGACAACAAGGGGACAGUGGGCCGCUGUGUCAGGGUUAGCUCAGAGGAGGCAGCGGGGGCCAUCCUCAGUGUCACACUUCUCCUCUACGGCACCUACAACCCACACAGGAGCCUGCACGAAGAGCCCCUGCAGAGUUUUUUGUCCAUGGGGGCAUACCACCAUGUCCCUCGGGCGGGGUUGUAUGUUUGGGACAGGUACCCACCUCAGGACCUGAUCCAGAGGGCCUUUGAGCUAGAGAGAGACAGGAAGGUGGGCACUGAUGACAUCCCCGUCCCGCGCCAACGCAAGAAUUCCGAACUGGUUCAUCAUCCGGUGCAGUCCUUCAAUGUUCUGGAUCUGGAUGAUACUGACGGAGCAGACCUCCACUCCCACCUAAAGCUCAUGUGGAACACUCUCAGGGAUAAAGUGAAGACCAACUGGUUUCUCUAUAAGUCCAUUACAGGGAAUCAGUCUCCACAGUUAAGAUGGGCAGACAUUGCCCUGCAGAACUUCCUGGGGUCAGGACCAGUGGUGGGGGUAGAGCCUCCUGGGAUGAUGCAUAAACUCCGUGACAGUGUGGGCGGAGUCACCAGGUCCUCACCACCUCAAAAAAGGACACAGCUAUUGCAUGAUGUCGCCGUGGACGUCCGAGAGAUGCCCCUUACGGAUCUUCUCCGAACCAGCAGAGCAACGGCACACAGGGCAGACCGUGGGCAGGGGCAGAGCAGGGGCACCGGCCAGUGAGGGCAAGGGGCACAGUUGAAACAUCAUCUCUCAGCCCUGGUCCAACAGAGACUGUAAAGAGAACUAUGGGAUCUGUGUGUUUACAUUUGCCUAAAUGUGAGAGCGAGAGAAAGACAUUUUCUACAUUAGCCUUAAUAAAGAGGAUGAGGUUUAUGAAUAAAAAAACAUUCUCACACUCUUACACAAAACGUUUUUGUUUAGAAAAUAAAUAAUUCUGCACAAUUCUCAAUAACCACCUCCUGUUUUGACUCUUGCUGCCAAAGUUGUAA